GCGCAUCCAGAAAUGUUUCAUAUUUUUUGCGUGCAGUCAAAAAAAACCUUGUAAUAUUUUCCCACCUCAGCAUUUCAGCAACCCACUGUCUGUUCUCUUGACUUUACUUCCCUUCCCUUGCCAACCAGUUUCAGAGAGACAACAAAACCAUGGGCAAGCAAAACGACAGCGUUCCGUCAUCGGCUCAAGGGUUCAAGCUCGUUGGAUUCUCUAACUUCGUCAGAACCAACCCUCGCUCCGACCUUUUCAACGUCAAGCGCUUUCACCACGUCGAGUUCUGGUGCAGCGAUGCUUCCAAUACGGCUCGUCGUUUCUCCUGGGGACUUGGAAUGCCCAUCGUUGCCAAAUCUGAUCUCUCCACCGGCAACGUCACCCACGCUUCCUAUCUCCUUCGCUCCGGCGACCUGAACUUCCUCUUCACUGCUCCUUACUCUCCUUCUAUUGCUUCCAUGGAGGGGUUUUCUCACACUGCGACCGCAUCUAUCCCCACCUUCAAUCACGAAGCUUGCCGGAAUUUCUCCGCCAAGCACGGUCUCGGUGUCCGAGCUGUCGCCAUACAAGUUGAAGACGCAGAAAUUGCGUUCAAUACUAGUGUUGCGCACGGCGCCAUACCCUUGGGCGGACCAAUUACUCUAGAUAAUCGUGCUGUUGUGGCAGAAGUUCAUUUGUACGGGGAUGUCGUUUUGCGAUACAUUAGUUACAAGAACUCAAACCAAAACCGUGAUGAUUCUAGUCCCGAUAGUUGGUUUCUGCCAAAAUUUGAAUCAGUAGACGCGGCGUCAUCGUUUCCGUUGGACUACGGGAUUCGGCGAUUGGACCAUGCUGUUGGAAACGUACCGGAAUUAGCUCCGGCAGUCUCUUACAUCAAAGGGUUCACCGGCUUUCACGAGUUCGCUGAGUUCACGGCGGAGGAUGUGGGGACUAGUGAGAGCGGAUUGAACUCGGUGGUUUUGGCGAAUAACGAAGAGACAGUGUUGCUGCCACUGAAUGAGCCAGUGUUUGGCACGAAGAGGAAAAGUCAGAUACAAACUUACUUGGAGCACAACGAAGGAGCUGGACUGCAACAUUUGGCGUUGGUGAGUGAAGAUAUAUUCAAGACAUUGCGGGAAAUGCGGCGGAGGAGCAGUAUUGGAGGAUUUGAGUUUAUGCCGUCUCCGCCGCCAACAUAUUACCGGAAUUUGAAGAACAGGACUGGGGAUGUUUUGAGUGAUGAGCAGAUAAAGGAGUGCGAGGAGCUGGGAAUUUUAGUGGAUAGGGAUGAUCAGGGGACCUUGCUCCAGAUUUUCACCAAGCCUGUAGGCGAUAGGCCAACCAUCUUUAUAGAGAUAAUUCAAAGAGUAGGCUGCAUGCUCAAGGAUGAGACGGGGAAAGAAUACCAGAAGGGCGGAUGCGGAGGAUUUGGCAAGGGAAACUUUUCAGAGCUGUUCAAGUCAAUCGAGGAAUACGAGAAGACACUUGAAGCCAAACGAACUGCAGAAGCAACUUCUGCAUGAAUAUCAACUUGCUACACCAUCUACCAUUGUAACCUUAUUGAAACAAUGUAGCUGUGUUAUUUCAGUAAUUAGCGAAACUAAUACCAAAGAAUAAGAUGAUAAGAAGCUUUAUGGGUGUUGGCUGUGAACAACUACUCAAUAAGAUGAAGAAACUUCUUGGUUGUUUCCUGUAACAAACUCACUGAGUGCCUCACUCUUGUCAAAAUUUUAUGAUUCAAAUCUAUUUUUCAA